AUGGCCUCGCAUUCCAUCAUGAAUCAGAAUGUGAGAGGUUUGUUUGCUAGUACUUCUGUUCCUUCUUCUUCUUCUAUUUUAUCCACUGACCUUGAGCAGGUAGAUUAUAUGGGCAAUGGCCCGAGGCAGCAAGGGAACCCGUAUAGCAACACUUACAACCCAGGGUGGCAUAAUCAUCCAAACUUCGGUUGGAGAAAUAACAACGCCCAGGGUCCACCAGACUUUCAGAGACCGCAUCAGCAGCCACCACAGCAGCAACAGCGGGCUGGACCAUCACAGCUUCCUCCACCAGCCAAGGAGAAAUCUAACUUGGAGGAGCUGAUGAUGAAGUUUGUCACUUCUACUGAGACGAGGUUCCAGCAGACUGAUAGUGCUCUUAGAAAUCAGCAGGCGUCCAUUGGAACUUGGAGAGAUAAGCCACCUAGGAAGAAGCUAGAGUCUGAGGUGAUAGAAGCAAAGAAAAUGGAAGACAUGCAGAAGAGCCCUAACAAGCUCCCACUCAAAAAGAGAGAUCUAGGGAGUUUUACUGUUCCCCGCAUUAUUAGUGAUUUGCAUAUUAGUGGUGCAUUGGCUGAUUUAGGAGCUAAUAUUAAUUUGAUGCCCAUUAGUUUGUUUGAUGAGUUAGGUUUGAGUGAACCUAAGCCCACUAGGAUGAGCAUUCAGUUAGCCGAUAGGACUAUUAAGAUUGCUAGGGGUAUUAUUGAGGAUGUGCUUAUUAAGGUAGACAAGUUUAUUUUUCCUAUUGAUUUUGUAGUUAUGGACAUGAAAGGUGAGAGUACUGUGCCUUUGAUCCUAGGUAGACCUUUUCUUGCAACAUCUAGGGCUGUUAUAGAUGUUUGUGAUAGAAAGCUUCAGCUUAGGGGAGAUGAUGAGACUAUUACCUUCGACUUGGCUACUACUAUGAGACAUUCUUUAGACCAUGAUGAUGUUGUGCUCUCUAUGGAUAUUUUAGAUGAUGUGGUUGAGUCUCAUUUGCAGGAAAUAUUGCUUGAUGAUCCUUUGCAGGUAGCAUUGCAAGGAGAUGAGGAGGAGCUUUCCAACGAGUAA